AUGACAACAGACGAGUUUGUUGCGAGUUCUCAUAUCCUCCACCGGUCCUUCUCCGAACGGCCGGCCAAGAUUGUCGCUGGCGAUGGCAUCAACCUCGUCUUGGAAAACGGCAAAACUGUGAUUGACGCCAGUUGCGGCCCGUCAGUUUCCUGUCUUGGUCAUACACAGCCUGAGAUAACCGAUGCAAUUGUGAAUCACCUGAAAAAUGAUAUCGCCUAUGUCUACUCAGGGUCGCCGUACACCAGCAGCGCGGCAGAGGAACUCGGAGAUAUACUCUUGUCACACAAACCCGGUGGUCUAUCAAAAGCGAUAUUUGUUAAUUCUGGUAGUGAAGCUACGGAUGCAGCGCUUAAACUGGCCAUUCAGUACUGGCAUGAGGUGGGACAACCGCAACGGACACACUUUAUUUCCCGAAAGCAGAGUUACCAUGGCAAUACCAUUGGUUCACUUUGUGUCUCUGGCCAUGAUUCUAGGAGAGAGUUCUAUCAGUCUUUUAUGUCUCAUAAUGUGUCGUUCCUGGAUCCCUGCUAUGCGUACCGGAUGAAGGAGCCCAACGAGUCAGACAAGGAGUUUGGUGAACGACUUGCCCGCCAAUUCGAGAACGAGAUCCUGCGAAUAGGCCCGAAUAGAGUUGCUGGGUUCAUUGCCGAGACCGUCAGUGGUACUACAUUAGGAUGCCUGCCUCCGGUGCCAGGAUACUUCAAAGCCAUCCGUGAUAUCUGCGACAAAUAUGGCAUCUUGUUAAUACUCGACGAGAUCAUCUGCGGCAUGGGGAAAACGGGCACAAUGCAUGCAUGGGAGCAGGAGGGCAUCUCCGGUCCUGAUAUUCAGACAAUUGGCAAGGCCCUUGGAGCUGGCUUCGUUCCUCUUUCCGGUGUAUUGCUACAUCAAAGAAUUUUUGAUGGCCUAUCUGCAGGGUCUAAAAAGCUCGCACAUGGCCAUACGUUUCAGGCCCAUCCUCUUGCCUGCGCUGCUGCGGUUGCAACCCAGAAGAUCAUCAAGCGGGAUAAUUUGAUCGACCGCGUGGCCGAGAUGGGGAGCAAACUGGAAUUCCUCUUGAUGCAAGAAAUCGGCCCUCUUCCUCUGGUUGGGGACAUCCGCGGCCGUGGGUUAUUCUGGGCAGUGGAAUUCGUCAAGGACAAACAAUUGAAGACGCCUUUCUCGCCCAAGGUGGACUUUUGCGGUCAGGUCGUGCGACAAUCUCUUGAGCUGGGAUUGAACAUCCUUGGUAACUUGGGUGUCACUGGUAAAUAUCAGGUUGACCAUGUCCUCGUCUGCCCGCCGUAUAUCGUAACCGAGCUGGAGUUACAAGGAAUUGUAUCUCUGCUCAAGACUGCGAUCGUGAAGACAAGCCAGUCUUUCCUUCUCCCCGGGCAUACGAACGGGACGAAUGGGUAUUAG